UCAUCGUUAUACCUACUUUCAGAAAACCGAGCUGUACCAUUAUUGUAAACUCUGUCAAGAACUCCUGCUUUUUUCAACUUGCCAAGAAACAGGAGCGCCUAGAUGGGUCUUUGCGGGCCAGUGGUUGCUAAAGAGAUGCAUUGGGAGUGUGAGGGGAAUAAAUCGCUUCUGCUCUUUCAUCAAAGGGACUUGCGGAGAGGAGCUGGUUGGUUUCUGGGUGAGUGUGGGUAGGUUGCUCCAGAUUGAUGAGACAGACUUGAAUCAGAGAAACAUCUACUUGUCAUACCUUCAAGUCCUAAAGGUGGUGCACCUUCAGGAAGGAUCCACAGUGGCUGUCACUUGUAAAAUAACUCCAGAUACCUUGUUGAAGAUUUUCAACAGGGAUCGCCCUUUCAAAACCAGAAGAGACCUUCUUGGGAAAAUGAGGGAUGAGGCCCUGCUGAAAGUACACACUUACUGGCUUCCGCAGUUUCUCACUCACUGCAAACUGUCCAUGCAGAAGGUGGAGGAAUGCAGAGGUAUACUGCAGAAAUACAAGGAAAAGGCUUUUCACGAAUACCAAGGACAGUUGACAGGGCACCAGACAGUAAACCUCUCUGUGCGGAGAGUCAAAGUUGAACUUUCCCAAAGUGUAACUGAACCUUAUUCCUCCAAACAGACCAAGAAACGCCUUUGGAACAUUCCCCUGCAGCCUGCCAGAAGCAAAUCCAGAGCCAAAUCAAAUUUCCUGGAAUCUUCUUGCACUUUACCACUUAUAAAAUCUAAAACAGACCCUGAACGCAGUUCUAAAGACAAUGACAAACCGCCGAAAAUCUUACAUAGGCCAAUCAUCAAGCCCCCUUCCAUUCUGAGCUUCCAGUCUCUUCCAGAAAAUCCUCAUCAGUAUGAAUAUAUGUCCUGUGUUCUUACGGCUGAUGGCUUUGCAGGUGGUCCAUUUGAGACCUUCUUAAAGACCAAGGGACACACCUCUGAGCUUCAUUACUUGGGUCUGUGGAGCGAGAUGUACAGCUUCUUAAAUCUUGUAUUAAGGUCGCAAGAUGGAUGUGGUCAUAUCCUGAGACAGAUAGUUGCUGAAAGGAUUGUGGAAGUGUAUCUCAGUAAGGAGUCCAGAAAAUAUGUCCAGUUGCAAGAGAAAACCACCGAACAUCUACAGAAUCUGCUACCAGCUGGAGAAGUUAUACCAUGGAUAUUGACAGCCCAAAAUGAAAUUUGUGAGAUACUUUGUUCCUCCUAUGAUGAUUUUCUGGAUGAAGAUGAUAAGAAUUUCCUUAUUCUUCUGUCGAGAUCCAGUUUAAAUGAAAUAAAGCUGAAACGGAGAGCCAGCGGCGCUACACUUGUGUUUAAAAAAUCUGAUCAGCUACUCGACAGAAUGAGAGUGGCCCUGGAUCUGUGCCAGGCCUGCUCCAGCAGUGGGGAUGCGGAUAUGCUCACUGAAGACACAUGGGCACUGAUGCCACUGGAGGAUAUCAGGAAUGGAGGAUCUGUCCAGUUGGCACCAUCAAAAAGACAUGCUAGACGUCAGAUGUCAUUUACAGAACUGGCUAAGAAGUAUCCAAAACUGGCAGUCAAGGAGACCAGCAUAAAUUACAGACUUUAUUACAAGAACAGACCAUAUUAUGAGGUGCAAUCAAAGCCAAUUUCAACUGGUAUUCUUUUGAAAAAAGCAAACAUUACAUUUUUGAAGAAAGGCAACAGUAUCCUCCGACGCCCGACCACGAGACCAAGGUCUCUAGCAGAGGUCCUGAGAAACCCAGAAGGCACAGAGUUUUUCAAACGUUACCUGAAGAUGUUUGGCGCACAGGGGCCAGUGCUUUUCUAUCAAGAAGUGGAGAAGCUGACUGAGAUUCACGAUCCUAAAAUCAUAAAGCUCAAAAUUAUCAGGAUCGUGGAUAGGUUCUUCGGUCAAAAAAUGAAACCUGAAGUGUAUCUUCAGUGUAAUGAUAAUAUUAUAUUGGAGAUACCAAGGAUGCCUUCUGUGACUUUAAACAUGCUUCUUACAGCACAGAACCAGGUUUUAAAAUCUCUUGAGGAAAAAUGGUUAAGACCAUACCAAGAUACUUUCCCACCAGUUGUGACCACUACCACUAUUUCAGACACAUCAAUUCGAGACGGUCUCCUGAAAGACAAACUGCAACAUAUAUGGAGUGCUUUUUGCAGUUGCAUUAGAAGUGUUUGCAAAUUCCGCAGUGCAAUGAAAAACCUAACGGUCAGGAAAGGUUUCGAGGUCUACCUUAAGCAGGAGGCCAAUGACUAUUCAGAAAGUCGAACGAUAUUCGUUAGUAGUUCUGCUACCACCAGUACUCAAGUGGCUGAGAAUAAAGAAGAAGCAGACACCACACAAGUAAAGCGCAGAGUUGUCAACAACAAAGCCCUCACCGUGGGCUUUAUAGUCAAUGACUUGUCAUUCUACUUAGAAGCAGAAAAAUUUCGCAACCUAGCAGAUGCAGGCAGAAUCAUGGCUUCAGCUGGAAUGUAUGGUGAGAAUGACCAGGCUCAGCUGCACAGCAAGGCAGAAAUGAUCAUCAAACUGUUCCUGAGGUCUGAGAUCUCACCUAAACUCCGGAUCAAUAUUGCCGAGGUUCAGAAAGAAAUGAUUCUGCUUUCAGUUUUACAUGGGAAUAUUGACCGUAGCCUUUUCCAUUCUGCAGUCAUGUCCAUCUUUCCCACCCUCAUCUUCUGUUGGAAAAAAUACUGCUCUUGGAAGGUGAUGAGCAGUAUGUAUGGACAUAAGAAAGAUCAGAAGAAAAGGGAAAUUGUGGAAUUUCCUAACUACCUUGAGCCUAACCUUAAUGGGGAAUGGUACAUGAAAAUGGUCUCCCUCACUGAAGAGCUGCCUAUAAUGAGGUUUGCAAUAUCUCACGGACUCCAGCUCAUCAUUCCACAAAGCAGAUUCGAUGUUAAAGGUUGUGCCAGCAAUACCUACCAUGUAAAGAGCACUGGCCAACAGGACACUGAAAGCUCAGUGCCAGGGACUCCUCCUGUACAUGCCAGGAAUAGAAGAAGAUCCGGAUCAAUAGUUAGCCUGUCGAUGCAGCCAGCAGUUUUACCUUUGCCAAUAGGCAGUUCAAUGCAGAGAAUCAACGAGUAGCUCAGGUGCUCAACGUUACC